GUUUCUUUAAAGGUGAUUGAAACAAUUAAUCCAAAAUGCCUGAAAAUCCUGCCACAGAUAAACUGCAGGUCCUACAGGUCCUUGAUCGCCUGAAAAUGAAAUUGCAGGAUAAGGGUGACACUUCACAGAACGAGAAACUGAGUAUGUUUUAUGAGACACUAAGGAGUCCUCUCUUCAACCAGAUACUCACACUGCAGCAGUCCAUCAAGCAACUGAAGGGGCAACUCAGCCAUAUACCCUCGGAUUGUUCAGCCAACUUUGAUUUUUCUAGAAAAGGUUUGUUAGUGUUCACGGAUAGUUCUAUUACAAGUGGGAAUGCCCACAGGCCCUGUAAUAAUUUAACUGCAUCUGGGUUGUUUCCGUGGACCGCAAAGUUGGGAAAUGAAGACUUUAACUCAAUCAUUCAACAGAUGGCUCAGGGCCGGGAAAUUGAAUAUAUAGAUAUAGAACGGCCUUCAACUGGAGGCCUUGGAUUCAGCGUGGUGGCCCUUAAAAGUCAAAAUCAGGGAGAAGUUGAUAUCUUUGUGAAGGAAGUACACCCAGGGAGUGUAGCAGACAGGGAUCAAAGAUUAAAGGAAAAUGACCAGAUUUUGGCCAUUAAUCACACACCACUGGAUCACAAUAUUUCUCACCAGCAAGCAAUUGCAUUAUUACAACAAACGGGUGGAUCUUUGCAUCUGGUUGUAGCCAGGGAACCAGUCCACACAAAAAGCAGGACUUCUACCAGCUCAGCUGAUACAACUCUGCCUGAAACAGUUUGUUGGGGCCAUAUUGAGGAUGUUGAACUCAUUAACGAUGGCUCUGGAUUAGGAUUUGGAAUAGUUGGAGGAAAGUCAUGUGGCGUAGUUGUGAGGACCAUAGUUCCUGGAGGAUUAGCUGAUCGAGAUGGAAGACUUCAGACAGGGGACCACAUCUUGAAGAUUGGUGGCACGAAUGUGCAGGGAAUGACAAGUGAGCAAGUUGCCCAAGUGCUGAGGAACUGUGGGAAUUCAGUCAGGAUGCUUGUGGCUAGAGACCCAUUUGGCGAAAUUUCAGAAAUGCCUCCUACUCCUGUGGCUUUGCCGGUUGCCCUGCCUGCUUCUGUUGCCAACACUAGCCCUUCCUCUGACAAUUCUUCUCUUUUUGAAACUUACAAUGUUGAACUCAUUAAAAAAGAUGGACAGAGUCUUGGUAUUAGAAUUGUUGGCUAUGUUGGAACAUCACAUACAGGGGAAGCUUCAGGGAUUUAUGUGAAAAGUAUAAUACCUGGCAGUGCUGCAUACUACAAUGGCCAAAUCCAAGAGAAUGACAAAAUAGUUGCUGUUGAUGGUGUAAAUAUUCAGGGUUUUGCAAAUCACGACGUUGUUGAAGUGUUACGAAAUGCAGGGCAGUUGGUACACCUAACCCUAGUUCGCAGGAAAGCGCCAUCAUCUGCUUCUCUCCUGGAACGGCCUGCAGACAGAGGAACUGUUGUAGAACCACCCAAAUCACCAGCUCUCUUUAUAACUGGAGCAGUGGAAACAGAAACUAAUUUGGAUGCAGAAGAUGAGGAAAUUGAAGAAAGAAUGGAUAAUCAAAAAAAGGACAGUAUACAAGCCUUAGAAAAAUUGGAAAGAGUCCCAAACACUCCAGAAAAUGAGCUGAAAUCCAGAUGGGAAAACCUACUGGGCCCUGAUUAUGAAGUAAUGGUUGCUACUUUGGACACACAGAUUGCUGAUGAUGCUGAGUUACAGAAGUAUUCAAAGCUGCUGCCUAUCCAUACUCUGAGGCUUGGUGUGGAAGUGGAUUCCUUUGAUGGGCACCAUUACAUUUCUUCAAUUGUUCCUGGUGGUCCUGUUGAUAUGCUGAACCUUCUACAGCUAGAGGAUGAGCUUCUUGAGGUCAAUGGUGUGCAGCUUUAUGGAAAAUCUCGCCGAGAAGCAGUUUCCUUUCUUAAAGAAGUGCCACCCCCUUUUACCUUGGUUUGCUGUCGGCGGCUAUUUGACGAUGAAGCCUCUGUAGAUGAACCAAUGACUACUGAAACCCCUCUUCCUGAGAUGGAGGUUGAAAACAGGAUAGAUGUCAGUCCUGAAGAUGAGGAUGAUGGGGAAUUAGCUUUGUGGGCUCCUGAAGUCAAGAUUGUUGAGCUAGUGAAAGACCAUAAAGGCUUGGGGUUCAGCAUUCUGGAUUACCAGGACCCUUUAGAUCCCACAAGAUCAGUGAUUGUGAUCCGCUCCCUGGUAGCAGAUGGUGUAGCAGAAAGAAGUGGAGAACUUUUACCUGGAGACCGCCUGGUCUCAGUCAAUGAAUAUUCUUUGGACAAUACCACACUUGCUGAAGCUGUGGAGGUACUGAAGGCCGUGCCUCCAGGCACUGUACACCUUGGUAUCUGUAAGCCUUUGGUGGAAGAUGAGAAAGAAGAAAGUUGUUACAUUUUACAUUCAAACAGUAAUGAAGACAAGACUGAACCUCCAGGAACAAUUCUUGAUAUGAAUUCAUCUUUAAUACUUGAAGCACCCAAGGGAUUUAGAGAUGAACCCUAUUUUAAAGAAGAACUUGUGGACGAGCCAUUUCUAGAUUUGGGAAAUUCUUACCAAUCUCAACGAAAAGAAGUAGACAGCAGCCAAGAAGCCUGGGAAAUGCACGAAUUUCUGACUCCUCAGUUGCAGGAAAUGGGUGGAGAAAGAGAAAUGCUUGUUGAUGAAGAAUAUGAACUAUAUCAAAAUCAAUUUCAGUCUAUGGAGUUAUAUACCUCUUCUAAUGUUCAGGAGGCCACUCCUGUGCCCUCCAGGCAGGAACUCCACUUUGGUACACAGUGGUUACAUGAUAGCCACUCAGCUGGCGAACCACCGGAGGCUCAGAAUGCAGGACCCAUGAUGAGCAUGUACUCCCAGGGGACACAGCAGUACAGCUACAGCCCUGACCACACGAUGAAAGAACAUUUUGGCAUUGAUUCCCUCCCAUCCAUAUCCUCAACUGAUGGAGAUUGUCAACAUAGCAGAUUUGAUGACAUGGAAAAUCUUAAUUCGUUAGCAAAAAGCAGUCUGGAUUUAGAUUUGAUGAUUCCAAAUGAUGUCCAAGGUCCUAGUAUGCUUACUGAUCUUCCUGCUGUGGCUCCUAGAAGGGAACAAGAUGAUUUACCUUUAUACCAACUGCCCAGGACCCGAGUUGUUUCAAAGGCCUCUGUCUACCCAGGAAUGCUGUCUUCUAGAUAUGCUACCGAUGCAUGUGAGUUACCUGAGAGAGAAGAAGGUGAAGGAGAAGAAACACCAAACUUCAGCCACUGGGGUCCACCAAGAAUUGUUGAGAUUUUUAGAGAACCCAAUGUGUCUCUUGGUAUCAGUAUUGUUGGUGGACAAACGGUUAUAAAACGCCUGAAGAAUGGAGAGGAAAUUAAAGGUAUAUUCAUCAAACAAGUGCUAGAAGAUAGUCCAGCAGGAAAAACAAAUGCACUUAAAACUGGAGAUAAAAUCCUUGAGGUGUCUGGAGUAGAUUUGCAGAACGCCUCGCACAAUGAAGCAGUUGAGGCCAUUAAGAACUCUGGGAACCCCGUGGUGUUCGUGGUUCAGAGCUUGUCACCUACUCCGAGAGUCAUUCCUAACAUACAUAAUAAGGGCAACAAAAUCGCCAAAAUCCAGAACCAAGACACUCCAGAAAAAAAGGAAAAGAGGCAAGGAAUAGCUCCACCUCCUAUGAAACUGCCUCCUCCUUACAAAGCACCGUCUGUAGACAGUGAUGAAAAUGAAGAAGAAAAUGCAUUUACUGACAAAAAAAUCAGGCAAAGGUAUGCAGACCUACCUGGAGAACUGCACAUUAUUGAACUUGAAAAGGAUAAGAAUGGGCUGGGACUCAGCCUUGCCGGCAAUAAAGACAGGACACGGAUGAGCAUAUUUGUGGUAGGAAUUAACCCAGAGGGACCCGCUGCAAUGGACGGACGAAUGCGAAUUGGAGACGAACUGUUAGAGAUAAAUAAUCAGAUCCUCUAUGGAAGAAGUCACCAAAAUGCAUCUGCCAUUAUUAAGACUGCCCCAUCCAAGGUCAAGCUUGUUUUCAUCAGAAAUGAAGACGCAGUCAAUCAGAUGGCUGUUCCUCCCUUCCCAUUACCAUCAAGCUCCCCAUCUUCUAUUGAGGAUCAGAGUGGCACAGAACCUGUUAGUAGUGAGGAAGAUGGCAACCUGGAAGUUGGUGUUAAACAAUUGCCUGGAAGUGAUAGCUCCAACCUGGCUGCCAGCCAGAUGAAAGAGCAAAAAUAUUCAACAAAAGCCUCCUUCAGUUCACAAGAGAUACCGUUAGCGCCAACUCCAUCAUAUCAUUCAUCGGAUACCGACUUCACCAACUGUGGUAGCUUCCAGGCUCCUCUGUCAGUGGAUCCUGCAACGUGUCCCAUUGUCCCUGGCCAGGAAAUGAUUAUAGAAAUAUCCAAGGGACGCUCAGGCCUUGGUCUCAGCAUUGUGGGAGGAAGAGAUACACCCUUGGAUGCUAUAGUCAUACAUGAAGUCUAUGAAGAAGGAGCAGCAGCCAGAGAUGGAAGACUUUGGGCUGGUGACCAGAUAUUAGAGGUUAAUGGGGUUGACCUGAGGACCUCCAGCCACGAGGAAGCCAUCACAGCCCUGAGGCAGACCCCGCAGAAGGUGCGACUGGUGGUGUACCGCGAUGAGGCACACUACAGGGACGAGGAGAACUUGGAGAUCUUCCCUGUGGAUCUGCAGAAGAAGGCCGGCCGAGGACUGGGCCUGAGCAUUGUUGGGAAACGAAAUGGAAGCGGAGUGUUUAUUUCUGACAUCGUGAAAGGUGGAGCUGCAGACCUGGAUGGGAGGUUGAUUCAGGGAGAUCAGAUCCUAUCUGUGAAUGGAGAGGACAUGAGAAAUGCCUCUCAGGAGACGGUGGCCACCGUACUCAAGUGUGCACAGGGGCUUGUGCAGCUCGAGAUUGGAAGACUCCGAGCCGGUUCCUGGGCCUCCUCGAGGAAGACAUCGCCAAACAGUCAGGGGGAUCCGCACGGCACACACAGCAGCUGUCGGCCUUCCUUGGCCCCUGUCAUUGCUGGCCUACAGAACCUGGUUGGCACCAAAAGAACUCCAGAUCCUUCCCAGAGAAGUUCAGGCACAGAUAUGGGACCAAGGACUGUUGAGAUAAUCAGAGAGCUCAGCGAUGCCCUUGGAAUCAGUAUUGCAGGAGGAAAAGGGAGUCCCUUAGGAGAUAUCCCUAUAUUUAUUGCCAUGAUUCAGGCCAGCGGAGUGGCUGCACGUACACAGAAGCUUAAAGUUGGAGAUCGGAUUGUCAGCAUUAAUGGGCAACCUCUGGAUGGGCUGUCUCAUGCCGAUGUGGUUAAUCUGCUGAAGAACGCCUACGGGCGCAUUAUCCUGCAGGUUGUAGCAGAUACCAAUAUAAGUGCCAUUGCCACUCAGCUUGAAAACAUGUCUACAGGCCACCACUGUGGCUCACCCACUGCUGACCACCCUUCAGAAGACACGGAAACACCUCCACCUAAGAUUAUUACUUUGGAGAAAGGCUCUGAAGGAUUGGGGUUUAGUAUUGUAGGGGGUUAUGGAAGUCCCCAUGGAGACCUGCCAAUUUAUGUCAAGACUAUAUUUGCAAAGGGAGCAGCUGCAGAUGACGGCCGAUUAAAGCGAGGUGAUCAGAUUUUAGCUGUUAAUGGUGAGACCCUGGAAGGUGUCACUCAUGAGCAAGCUGUCGCCAUUCUAAAACACCAGAGAGGGACUGUAACCUUAACUGUGCUGUCGUGAGCCACAGGCCCUGAUCACAAGACAGAUGCUGUUAUUUAGAAUAUCCAUAGGAAGACGAAGUUCAGGGUGAAGAUAAAAGGCCACCUCAAGUAAAAUUUACAAUGUUCUUUCUUACCAUCUCAUUCUCUCUGCUCAGGAGACAGGCUGA